AAUAUUUUACCUCUUUCGACCCUUCGAUUCCUUCCUCAUUUUCAGCAGCCUAUAAACCUCUCUCUCCUAUUUGGUAUGCAUCCAAACAGUACUCAGACUCCGAUUCUCCAUUGAUACACACAAAAUAUGAGAAGAAAAGCUGUUCUUGUUUGCCUGACCUUCAUCUUUUACCAGACUGUAUGUGUUCAUGCAUACUCGGAUCUUGAUACGCUGCUGAAGCUCAAAUUAUCCCUCAUCGGGUCUUCAGGUCCGGGCCUCCGUGACUGGGCUGCUCCGGCGGCGUCUUCUCCUUCCGCCCACUGCUCCUUUUCCGGCGUCACGUGUGAUGCUGACUUCCGCGUUACGUCGCUCAAUGUUACCAACCUUCCGCUCUUGGGCACCCUCCCGCCGGAGAUUGGGCUUUUGGACAAGCUCGUCAAUCUCACACUUGCUGGCAAUAAUCUGACGGGCCCUCUGCCUAAGGAACUAUCAAAGUUGAUUGCGUUGAAGUAUGUUAAUCUCAGCUGGAACAUGUUCAACGGCACGUUCCCGGGUGAAAUUGUGGUGAAUCUAUCCGAGCUUGAAGUUUUCGAUGUCUACAACAACAAUUUCUCCGGGGAACUUCCGGUGCAGUUUGUUAAGUUGAAGAAGUUGAGGUUUCUUAAGCUCGCCGGGAACUUUUUUUCCGGGGAAAUUCCUGAGAUUUACUCCGAGUUCGAAAGCGUAACACACUUGGCUUUGCAGGGAAACAGCUUGACGGGAAAAAUUCCUUCCAGUUUGGCUAGGAUUCCGAAUCUUCAGGAGCUUUAUCUCGGGUACUACAACACAUAUGAAGGCGGUAUACCCCCCGAGUUCGGGUCCAUAUCUACGCUUCGAUUGCUUGAUCUCGGAAUGUGCAAUCUCACCGGUGAAAUUCCGGCGAGUCUCGGGAAUCUGAAGCACUUGCACAGUUUGUUUCUCCAGGUGAACAAUCUCACGGGGGAAAUUCCGUCGGAGUUGUCGGGUUUGGUGAGCUUGAUGUCAUUGGACCUCUCUAUUAACUACCUCAGCGGAGAAAUACCAGCGAAGUUUGCUGAAUUGAAGAAUUUGACGUUGCUCAAUUUAUUUCAGAACAAAUUCCAGGGACCUCUUCCGGGUUUUAUCGGCGACCUUCCGAAUCUUGAAGUUCUACAAAUAUGGAAUAACAAUUUCACUCUCGAGUUGCCGGAGAAUCUUGGCCGGAAUGGGAGACUGAUGCUGCUGGAUGUCAGCAACAAUCACCUCACCGGCCUCAUCCCAAAGGAUUUAUGUAAAGGAGGGAGGCUAAAGACUUUGAUCUUGAUGGAUAACUAUUUUUACGGCCCGCUUCCUGAACUGCUUGGAGAGUGCAAGUCACUGACCCGUAUUCGAAUCAAGAAGAAUUUCUUCAAUGGCACAAUUCCAGCCGGGUUUUUCCGCUUGCCAUCGUUGGACAUGCUUGAGCUUAAUGAUAAUUAUUUCACCGGAGAGCUGCCAAAGGAAAUUUCAGCAAGUAUGCUAGGGAAUAUUGCCUUGUCUAACAAUUGGAUCAUGGGGAGGAUUCCAAAAGCCAUUGGAAAUUUAACGAAUCUUCAAAUUUUAUCGCUUGAUAUGAACAAGCUAUAUGGGGACAUUCCCAGCGAGAUUUUUACUCUAAAGAAACUUUCAAUGCUCAACUUCAGCGGCAACAGCUUGACAGGUGAAAUUCCAGCCUCUUUUGCUCGUAGCUCACACUUGACAUUCAUUGACCUGAGUCGAAACAAUCUACACGGCGUGAUUCCCAGAAACAUCUCCAGAUUACAGAAUCUGAAUGUGCUCAACCUGUCCAGAAAUCAACUUGACGGAGCAAUUCCAGGUGAAAUUGGGUUGAUGAAAAGCUUAACAAUAUUAGACCUUUCUUACAAUGAUCUUUCAGGAAGAAGGCCGGUAACUGGGCUGUUGAAAGAUCUGGAUGCUCGAUUUUUCACCGGGAAUCCUAAGCUUUGUCCACCACGUAGCGCCUUCUGUGCCUCAGCUUCAGGUCCAUCACAGGGCUCUCACAGAAGGCAUUCAUCACAUAUAGUGAUCAUAACAAUCUUACUGAUCCUCGUUCUAUUAUUGCUACCUGGUACUUGGAUUAUAUGUAGAAAGAGGUGGGUUGAGAAAUCCAAAGCCUGGAAACUCACAGCAUUCCAGAAGCUAGAAUUCAGAGCUGAAGAUGUGCUGGAAUGCUUGAAAGAAGAGAACAUUAUAGGCAAAGGUGGAGCUGGAAUUGUCUACCGAGGGUCCAUGCCUAAUGGGAUAGACGUUGCCAUAAAAAGACUAACUGGACGGGCCAAUAGCCAGACUGAUCACGGUUUCAUGGCAGAAAUUCAGACUCUGGGGAGAAUCAAGCACCGGAACAUUGUGCGACUCCUGGGAUACAUGUCAAACAAGGAUACAAAUCUAUUGUUGUAUGAAUAUAUGUCACAUGGAAGCCUAGGGGAUAUGCUGCGUGGACCAAAGGGGGCUCAUUUGCAGUGGGAAUCAAGGUACCAGAUCGCAGUCGAUGCAGCCAAGGGGCUGUGUUAUUUGCACCAUGACUGCUCGCCUUCAAUUAUUCACAGGGACGUGAAAUCGAAUAACAUAUUGCUUGAUGCCGAUUAUGAGGCUCAUGUGGCUGAUUUUGGUCUUGCCAAGUUCUGGCAUGAUGCUGGUGCAUCUGAGUGCAUGUCCUCUGUUGCUGGCUCCUACGGCUACAUUGCACCUGAAUAUGCCUACACUCUGAAAGUCGACCAGAAGAGCGAUGUCUACAGCUUUGGUGUGGUAUUACUAGAGCUGAUCACAGGCCGGAAGCCGGUGGGUGAAUUCGGGGAUGGGGUGGAUAUAGUAAUGUGGGUCAGAAAAACUGCAUCGGAGAUGUUGCAGCUGACGGAUGCUGCCUUGGUGCUGGCAGUGGUGGACUCAAGGCUCACAGGGUACCCCCUGACGGGCGUGGUGAACUUGUUCAGGAUUGCAAUGAUGUGCGUGGAGGACGAGAGCUCUGCCCGCCCGACGAUGAGGGAAGUUGUUCACAUGCUCACUAAUCCUCCACAAUCUACCCCCAACAUCGUCGGUUUUUGACGCCAUUGCCGGGAUCCGAUAUUCUGUGGUGUACUAUAAUUUUUUAGGAAAUAAAUGGGAAUUGUAGUAAAGACCAGAAAGCUAAGUUUGUUGUGUACAUAACUAUUUGUGGUUGAUGUAUGAAAAAUUUUCCUAUACCAAGAA